AUGUCGCAGUCGACGCCCACAGCCGUCACCAAACGCAAGGUGAUGGGUCGUAUGGACUCCGCUCCUGCCGAGUCCCCCUCCGGCUCCGUCACCCCAAAUGCUCGUCCACGCAUCGUUCGAGCUCAACAUGGCUACUCUUCUCCUUCUCUCUCCAACACGACCACACCAACUGCGUCUCGUCCCACCGCAGGCACCGGACGCGCGCGUGUUGACAUGUCGGCGUUCGCAAGUCCAGCUCAAUCCAGCCCAGCCAUGUCUCCCUCUACCAGUCGCCCCAUGUCGGCAUCCUCGGCCGCAUCAGCCAACAUCACCGCAAGGCUGUCUGCUCCAUCGCCUUCCGUUCGCUCCCACACACCUUUGCACGCCAAGUCAAGCUCGUCCACGGUUGGCGUCGCUGCAUCAUCCUACAAGCUCCAUGAGGCCCGCAUCGAUCCACCAGUCGACCCAAACCUCGCAUCUCUACGCUCACCCAGGAUACGCACUCGCAACGGCAGCGUCGAUCUUUCCGCCUCGCCUUCUAUUACAUCGCCCUCGUCGAGACCACCACCAGCUUCUCAGUCCAUGGCCUCCAUCCCGAGAGCCGAACAGUCGCAGUUUCACAAGCCCUUCGCAGCCACCGCGUCACCUCGCCCCGCUCCAGCUCUGCCCACUCGUCAACUGCUGUCACCUCAACGUCAACAAGCGCCUGCAGACCAGGCAGCGCUCAGAGCUACGAUUCGUUCUCCCUCACCCACCCAAACAGCAGCAUCCACUCCCUCAAUCGGACGCGCGUCAUGUCUUCAAAACACGACGCAACCACCCACCCAGUACCCAUCAGGGCGACAGACGCCUUCAAUAGCCUCGGCGCAGGCCUCGGCUGGAGGAGGCACCGCACCGGGGAGACUAGCGAGCGACUUUGCAUCCAGCACGCCCGCCGACGAUCUCCCCGCGCCCCCACUCUCUGCAGGCGAGCGUUGGCCCGAUGGGGCAUCGGGCGGUUACUUCCGACCUGAUCAGACCCCGGCUGCGUCCAACUGGCGCGCUUCUUUACGUUCCGGCUCUACAUCCCAGCGUGCUGCCAUCCCAUCUGCCUUUGCGGAUCUCGCGGAUGGCCUGCGUUCGCCACGUCGCUCCGAAGACGCUCGCAGCAGCUUCGCCUCGAGCUCUCAUUCGGCCUUGAUGGCGAGCUUGCCGCUGUCUCCGACCUCGGACACGCCGCGAUCUCCCAGCGAGGCCGGCGAGGCCGAGGAGGCUCGCAUCCAUCGCAAGCUGCUCGACUUGGAGAUCACCAACAAGAGUCUGUUGGCCAUCAACUCGGCACUCGAAGUCACCAAGCUCAAACAGGCCAAAGAGAUUCGCGAGCUCAAAAGGCGUCUCAGAGAAGGCAGGAGUUUGUCGUUCGGGGCUGUCUCCCGCGACUCUGUUGGGAGUGGCGUGUUUAGCGACGAUGACGCCCUCGAGUCGGAGAGCGACGACGAUGCUAGCGAUUUUGUUAUGGCGAGGGAGGAUCCAGAGUUGGAAGCGGCGCAUCAGCGAUGCAAGGACUUGGUCGACGGUAUGGUCGAACAGGCGCGUCGAGCCAUCCUUGCCGAGUACGAGGCUCCGGAGAAUACGGGCGGCAAGGUGCUGCACCCCGCCGAGAUCGAAGAGAUGCAACGCGUCGCCGAGGAGGGCGACGAAACGGGAGCCGAUACAACGUUUGCGACCGACCUGCUCGAGACGUCCAUCACUUUCGACCACUCUUCCGGCGACACGAGCCGCGAGGAUCUACCAGCUAGCUCGUCUCUGCAGCUACCGAAUGGCGUCCAUCUACCCACCGAUGCAGCAUCCUCAACCCUCUCAGAUGACGCCGUUGACGACGUCCUCAAGCAGAGCGGUCCAUAUGCAAGCGGUGGAGAUGUAUCCAUCGACUGA